CAAAAGGGUAGUGUCUGAUAAAACAAACAUAUAGGGGUUUGUAAUGGUAUUUCUAUUGGCUUAUUGUAAACGGGAUAUAAAAACACCUCAAAGCCAAACUGCAAAAAUAUUUGUGUGUGCGCGUGCGCGUUGGUGCCGCAUAUGGCGUGUCUUUUGCGGUCAGUUCUCCGCGGGUUGUGCUUCAGGCUGCGGGUGCCAGGUGACGCAAUGCCUCAGGAUGUUAUAAAGUGUGAGGGUAGAAGAAGAGGGACGCGUCACAGCACCUGCAGAGCAAACGACCAGGUCAACGGUUGGGUACCAGGCACAGAUUUGGUUAAUGGAGCUGUUGUUCGCAAUGGCUGCCGAGCUGCUGAGAGUACAAAAAGCAACAGCGUACCAGCUGGCACACUAAAUGGUACCAGACAACAAUGGGGGGUUAAUGGUUAUAUUAACUACAGGUACAAGGCUAAGAGUACGAACGCAGCACAAAAACAAGGAGGCGGGAUUUCUUCUGUCACUAAUGCCUCAGCAGCUGGCAGGGUCAACAACAGAGGCAUUCCAGGUGGCGUCUCAGUCAGUGGGGCCACCAGCCUAGACACUGUUGCUUUUACCUGUUAUUCUGACAGAAGGACACCAGAGCUCAGCCCUUCAGCAGCGAAGAAGAAUCAGAGGAGGAGGAAGAAAUUCAGACAUCAUAAGAGAGAUACUGAAGCCACCUGUCCAGAGAACUCUUCAGUCCUAUUGGUGCCACCAACAGAGGAGGAAGACUGGGAACAUGAGAUCCAGAAAUUGCCGCUCACUGACUGGGAAAAGAUGUAUUUUGGGGUCAGACCCUAUGGCCCAGAAGAUGUGCUCCAAGAUGUGCAGGCUUUGACACUUGAGCAAAGGGACACAGUUGACCUGCCAGUGACAGUCGGUUACAGGCCUUUUGUGCACCACCCAUGCCCCAUCAAGUGGUCCUACGUCAGCCAUCACGCUGAACCAGACCAAUUCUCAGACGCUGACGACAUAAUACAAGUUCUCAUCAAACAUGGAUGACACCCGAGGCUCAGAGAGAGGUCCAGAAAAUGUAUGUACAUGUGAUUACGUUAUGCAGUACUGUGUGUUACAAAAGAGUCUGCUUAUUCUAAAGUGUUAUGAAUUUAAAAAAAUGUUCAUACAGGCAAAAAAAUUAAAAGUAAUUCAAAGAAGUAGGCAGAAAAUUUCUCUCUGUACCAGGAAGAGAACACUGGGUGCAAGCUGAAGCCGUUGGCAGAGGCUGUUGGCAUUUGUCUUUUGCUUUUGCUGGUUUGCUGGCAAUGCCUACGCCUGCUUGGUUCCUUUUAUGGCCAAGCAAUGGCCAGAACAAAGCCAAUUCCUUUAGAUGAAGAAAUCAAGAUUUUUGGUGUUUGGCAAGGUUCAUGGGAUUAUUUUUUUUAAUUGCCAGUAUUAAUAAUUCAUAAUAAGAUGAUUAAAAAAUAGAAAUCAUAUAAAAAAAGUCUGUGAAGCUGUAAGUCUUCUUAUUCUCUAUGUGAAAAGGAGGAUGGGCAGCUCUACAUUUCUAGUCUUUUUAGGAUGGCAAAGUGUCUGUGUGUACUUCUUGAACUUAUAACUCGUCUGCCUGGAUAAACAUGAGCAUAGACGCACACAAACACCUUCUGUACUGUGUGUUGAGAUUGUUGGGAGUUAGGUGACAGAUACUGUGAAUGCUUGGACCUAAAUUAAGCUCAAUGCUUCAUCAAAAACAUCCUGCCUUCCUACUUGAACUGAGAUUGUGGUGACUUCUCACAGAGUGCCUAGGUAUAUUAGUGGGAACAAACACAUUCUCAUUCACAUGCUCAAGGAUGAGUAAAGCCCAAUAUGUUUAGUUAUAACUUGUUUCACAGUUUAUUUUUAGUAAUGGAAUAUCACAGUCCUUGUGAUUCAUAAAUAUGAACACUGUUACUCACUUUGCUGUGACAAAGUUGCUGUCACCAUUUGUAACAAUCUUUUCUGGUAUGUUACAAUAAGUACUCUAUAGAGCAAAAUGUACUUUAGGAAGGAGGCGCAACACAGACAAAGUGCACUGCAUAUAUGGUCUAUGCUGUAAAUGUUUAUAAAAGGCUUAGGCUUUUCAUGCAUCAGUGCGCAUACAUGCACACAGAUAAGAUUUGAAAAGGGCAGGAGUGGAGUGCAGCAAACUGCAUUUUCUAAAGUUUGUACAGUUUUGAGAUACUUUCGACUACUUUGAAAUAUGACCUCUCAUCAUAAUUCUGCAAUUAAAACAAGCUUAUUAAACAUGAUGCCCUGUUUGACUUAAAUCUCCCACAUGUAUAAUUAGAGCAGCAGCAUCAUCAGAAAAAUAACUGGGAGGAUGAUGAGUAAAACAUUUUAAAUUCUGAAAAACAACUUUCAGAAUGAAAGAAUGAAAUGCAGCAUUAUUCCACUGUGUUGCUACUUUUGCUUGAAGGUGUUUCCCAUAUGCUCACUGGAAAAGAGAAAAUAUUCACCUGUGUGCACACAAAUGCAGUAUGACUUGUAUACAGUCAGGGCAAAAAACUGGGUGGGAGCAGGGGAGGUGAAGGAGGAGAGCUCUGCACCACUCUGCUCCAGCUCCACUUCCACCAGUGACCCCCUGGUCGUAAAUCUGAGAGUAAAAGACCAUUUCUGGCUCCUUCUCGCUCUCUCUUACUUUUACUUUCUGGUACUGCACCUAUCAUUAACAAGAAGUGGCUGUCAGUCUUUAAUACAGACUUAAUUAUAUCCUUUUGGCAAGUCAGAUAUUAAUCUGUUUGACAAGCAAGUUCAGAAGGUGAAAUCUCGAUGUCUGGUUGCAGAUGUUGUGGACUUAAAAAUGUAACUUGGCUGAUGCAACAACAAAUCUCACUGUUCAUCUCUAUCUGUCAUCAGACAAUCGAUUUCCCUGCCUUGACAUUCAGUUCACUGAGCAGAGCUGCAUUGCGAAAACAAGAAUUAAGUCAUUUUUACUCUUGCUCAUUAAGCAUGCAUGUCUUCUUAUUUACACCCACUCCAAAUCUUUCUGUAUGACGGUUGCCAUCAAGAAAAAAAAAAAGAAAGAAAGGAGGUGAGAA